AGCAACUCCUCAUCGCACAACAGCAACAGGCUGCCAUGCCUGACAACACAUCGGAUCCACAGAUGAUGAUGGAUUCGUCACACCAUCCAAGUGUGUCCCAUAAUACUCCAAGUCCUCUACAUUCCCUUGGUACACGUCCGCAGUACGAUUGGACUGCUCCGGACAUUCUGUCUUCUUGCCUAAAAUUGGAUCGAGAUCUCUUCUCUACCGAAAAUAUCCUCUCAGACGAAAGCCGUAGAGAGCUAAUUGAAGCAUAUCCAGCACUACACAAUGUCGAAUAUCGAGCUCCAGCGACUCUCCUUGCUGCUCAAAAAUGCAUGAACAAGGCCCAACAACUGGAAGACUCCUCCUUGCGGGAUAUUCAAUACUUGCUUUCUGGAGUCUUCCGUCCAUUAGACAUCCUUGGGCAUGAGAUGUUGCAGUCUUCGGGUGUAUCCGAAACUGAUCUUGAACGUCAUCUCAGCAUACUCAACCACGCUCGGACCCUCCUGAUUAACGCUUGUGCCACCAUUACCUAUUCGCGCAACAAGAUUGCCAUGCGCGCAGUUAAUCCCUGUUUCAAUGCUCCAGAUCCUAGUGCUUCCAAGCGCUAUACCAUGGCUGCCGAAGAUUUCCAUCAAGCAAUUACACAGCAAACAUCUACUGCCAAGGCACUUAACGAGGCCCGGAUUGGUUUUCGCUCUCCCAAACGGUCUACCAGUGAAAAAUUUUCCAGACUUCCCAAAUCAGGAAAUCAGCUGCCAGGUACGACUCCAAGCUUCCCCUCAACCGAUCCGCAGCCGUUUUUUCGAUCAGGUCCGUCGUCUUCGCACGGCGGUUAUCAACAACAGGUCAACCGCGGGACCUCCUCCAACAGCAAAAAUCCUUUUCGACAAAAGGAUCGCCAGUAA